AUCAGUCAGCAUCUGGAAAUCUUUUGUGCUCGAAAAUUAAUAUGAAAACUCAGCUGAUAUUUGUUUUUCUCUGCUGGCUGCUGCCCAUCACUGUGGCACGCUGGCUGCCGGGGUCCACUUGCAAUUUGAUGACCAAAUCCUUGAUGGAUCUGUACGGGCAGCUGAGGCAGCGUCCCCAAGUGGAGGAGGAUAAGAAGUUCCUAAAGGAUGCCAGUGGCGCCCUGAUGCAGUUUCAGCUUUGUGCCGAUCCUUCAGCAUUCUACCCGCACACUAAGAACGAGGACGAUGAGGAUGAGGACGAAGAGACGGCUGCAGACGAUGAUGCUGAUAGUAAUAAUGAAGACCAAGACAACAACGAUGAAGAGGACUCUGUGGAGGAGGCCGAACAUGAGAUGAUGAUGGUGGAGGAGCAAGAGGAGCAAGAGGAGCUAGAGGAGGCCGAGGAGCAGCAAGAGGCGGAGAAUGAUGAUGAUGGGGCUUUCAUGGUGCGAGUAUCCUGCAUCCUAAAGGUCAUACACGAAAACUCCAAAGCCCUUGCAGAUGAUCUCGAGAACUUCGAAUCGGAGUUGCAGAAGAUGAAACCGAAGCCGAAUCCGAAUCCGAAUCAGGAAUCCGAAUCAGCUGACGAGGAGGAUGCAGAGCAGACGGACGCGUGCACGGAUCAGCCGACAGAUGAAGAGGACAGCCCCGCAGAAGAGGAGUGCGAAGAGGAUACCAAAGGAGAGCAGCAGAAGGACGAAGAAUGCGACGAGGAUCAGCAAGAACACGAGUGCGAUAUGCAACCAAAAGAGGUGCCCGAGAAAGUACCCGACAUGGAUCCACCCCAACCGAAAUGUCCCCCCCUUAACAUGCAACAGAAAGAAGAGGAUGAGGAUGAGGAUGAAUCCGACUCCGAACAGGAGACCGACAAUGACGAUGACACUGACAAUGACAUGAAAAUGGACAAAGAUAUGGCCAUGGCGCCCGAGGCUGAUCCAAAUGCUGACCCCGUUGCUAACUCCGCUGCUGAUGCCGAUUCUGACUCCGAUGUUGGCACCGAUGCUCGCCCCAAUGCUGAGUCCGAAGCUGACUCCGAUGUUGGCUCCGAAGCUGACUCCGAUGCUGAUCCCGAUGCUGACUCCAAUGCUGAGUCUGAUGCUGAUCCCGAUGCUGACUCCGAAGCUGACUCCGAUGCGGACCCAAAAGCUGAAUCCGCUGAUAUUCUCAAUGCUGAGCCUGAUGCUGAUCCCGAUGCUGACACCGAUGCUGACUCAAAAGCUGACUCCGAUGCUGAUCCCGACUGCAAUGCCGACUUCUAUGCCCUCCAUAAGAAGAUGAUCAAAAGUAAUGAGAAGCCUUUUCGAGCCGCUAUGACCGUUCCCUGCUUGGCCAAGUUCCUCUGCGGUGAUCGGUACCUUCGGGAGGAUUACAAGGACAUGGACGAGCAGUGCCAUGGGAUUGAACCAUCGGCCGAUUGGCUAACAGAUCUGAAUAACAUAUUCCGCUGA